AUGCUCGGGCCCCAGCUGCUGCUGCUUCUCUCCUGCGGGGGUGCCCUGCUCAGCGCCGGUCUGGACGACAGCUCCUUGGUGCCCCCAGGCCUCCGGAGGCUGAAGGACUCCCCGCAGACAGCUCCAGACAGGGGCUGGUGCUCCACGUGGGGGCCCGGCCACUUCACCACCUUCGACGGCCACACGUAUGACUUCUCGGGGACCUGCAACUACAUCUUUGCGGCCAUGUGCAAGGAUGCCUCGUCCACGUUCAGCGUGCAGCUACGGCGAGGGCCGAGCGGGAACAUCUCCCGGGUCAUCGUGGAGCUGGGGGCCUCUGUGGUCACUGUGCAGAAGGCGGUCAUCUCCGUCAAGGAUGUGGGGGUCGUCAGCCUGCCCUACACCAGCAACGGGCUCCAGAUCACACCCUUUGGCCAGAGCGUGCGGCUGGUGGCCAAGCAGCUGGAGCUGGAGCUGGUGGUCAUGUGGGGUCCGGGCGCCCACCUCAUGGUCCUGGUGGAGAAGCAGCACAUGGGCAAGGUGUGUGGGCUGUGUGGGAACUUCGACGGCGAGAAGGCCAAUGAGUUUCUGAGCGAGGACGGGCAACUCCUGGAACCCCCCAAGUACGCCGCCCUCCAGAAGCUGGAUGACCCCAACGAGAUCUGUGCCUAUGAGGCCAUCCCCAGCCCCCGGGUCCCGCAGGCAGAGAACGCCCAGACCUGCAUCCAGUUGCUGACCCUGGUGUCCCGCGAGUGCAACGUGCCCAAGGAGCCCUUCCUGCUGAGCUGCCAGGCGGACAUGGCCACGUGUGCCCAGCCCGGCCAGCACCACUGCAGCUGUGCCACGCUAUCUGAGUACUCGCGCCAGUGCAGCAUGGCCGGCCAGCCCGUCAACAGCUGGCGGGGCCCUGGCCUCUGUUCUGUGGGCCAGUGCCCAGCCAACCAGGUGUACCGGGAGUGCGGCGAGACCUGCGUGCAGACCUGCUCCAACCCGCGGCGCAGCUGCUCCGGCUUCUGCACCUUCGGCUGCUUCUGCCCGGAAGGUAUGGUUCUGGACGACAUCUCCAAAAACCACAGCUGCGUGCCUGUCCCCCAGUGCCCCUGCAUGCUCAGCGGGGUAGUCUUCGCCCCUGGGGAGGUCACGACAGCCGCCUGCCAGAACUGCCGGUGCUCUGGGGGCCGCUGGGAGUGCGUGGAGCAGCCCUGCCCCAGGCGCUGUGCCCUGGAGGGCGGCUCCUUCGUCACCACAUUCGACGCCAGGCCCUACCGCUUCCACGGCACCUGCACCUACAUCCUCCUCCAGAGCCCCCAGCUCCCCGACGGGGGCUCGCUCAUGGCCGUGUACGACAAGUCUGGGUACUCGCACUCGGAGACAUCGCUGGUCGCUGUCAUCUACGUGUCCAGCCAGGACAAAAUUGUGAUUUCUCAGGACGAGGUGAUCACCAACAACGGGGACACCAAGCGGCUGCCGUAUGAGACUCGCAACAUCACGGUCUUCAGGCAGACAUCCACCCACUUGCAAAUGGUCACCACCUUCGGGCUGGAGCUCGUGAUCCAGCUGUGGCCGUUGUUCCAGGUGUACAUCACUGCCGGGCCCCAGUUCAGAGGCCAGACCAGAGGGCUCUGCGGCAACUUCAACGGGGACACGACAGACGACUUCACGACCAGCAUGGGCAUCACAGAGGGCACCGCCUCGCUCUUCGUGGACUCCUGGCGGGCAGGGAACUGCCCAGCCGCGCGCGAGCGUGAGACCGACCCAUGCUCCAUGAGCCAGCUCAACAAGGUGUGCGCGGAGACCCACUGCGCGGUGCUGGUGAAGAAGGGCACGGUGUUCGAGAGGUGCCACGCCGCCGUGGACCCCAAGCCCUUCUACAAGAGGUGCGUGUACCAGGCCUGCAACUACGAGGAGACCUUCCCGCACAUCUGCGCCGCCCUGGGCGACUACGCCCUCACGUGCACCUCACGGGGCGUCCUGCUCCCGGGCUGGAGGAGCAGCGUGGACAACUGCAGCACCCCUUGCACAGGCAACCAGACGUUCAGCUACAACAGCCAGGCCUGUGACCGCACGUGCCUGUCUCUGUCCGACCGCGAGGUCGAGUGCCACCCCAGCGCCGUGCCCGUGGACGGCUGCAACUGCCCCGAGGGCACCUACCUGAACCACAAGGCUGAGUGCGUGCGUGAGGCCCAGUGUCCCUGCCUCCUGGACAGCUCCAAGUUCAUCCUGGCCGACCAGUCCACCAUGGUCAAUGGCGUCAUCUGCUACUGCGUCAACGGGCGGCUGAGCUGCCCGGCACAGCCUCAGAUGCUCUUGGCAACCUGCUCGGCCCCCAAGACGUUCCAGUCCUGCAGCCAGUCCUCGGAGGACGAGUUCGGGGCAGCCUGCGCUCCCACCUGCCAGAUGCUAGCCACCGGCACCCCCUGUGUGCCCACCAAGUGUGAGCCUGGCUGUGUCUGUGCCAAGGGGCUCUACGAGAGCGCCAGCGGACAGUGCGUGCCCCCCGAGGAGUGCCCGUGCGAGUCUGCAGGCGUCUCCUAUCCCCAGGGCGCCGAGCUCCACACGGACUGCAAGAGCUGCAUCUGCUCUAGGGGGACGUGGGCGUGCCAGCAGAGUGCCCACUGCCCAUCCACCUGCACCCUCUACGGGGAGGGCCACGUGGUCACCUUCGAUGGGCAGCGCUUCGUGUUUGAUGGCAACUGCGAGUACAUCCUGGCCACAGACGGCUGCGGUGCCAGCGACUCGCAGCCCACCUUCAAGAUCCUUACAGAGAAUGUCGUGUGUGGGAAGUCGGGCGUCACCUGCUCACGGGCCAUCAAGAUCUUCCUGGGGGGCCUGUCCAUCGUGCUGGCGGAUGGGAACUACACAGUGAGCGGGGAGGACCCCGGUGUGCACUUCCGGGUCAAGGCCGGCUCCCUGCACCUGGUGCUGGACGCCACCGUCAGCAGCACGUACAACCUGACCCUCAUCUGGAACAAGCACAUGACCGUCUUCAUCAAGAUCGCCCGUGCCUCCCAGGACGCCCUCUGCGGCUUGUGCGGCAACUACAACGGGAACAUGAAGGACGACUUCCAGACACGCAGCAAGUACCUGGCGUCCAGCGAGCUGGAGUUCGUGAACUCCUGGAAGGAGAGCCCGCUGUGCGGGGACACCACCUUCACGCAGGACCCCUGCAGCCUCAACGCCUUCCGUCGCUCCUGGGCUGAGCGCAAGUGCAGCAUCAUCAACAGCCAGACCUUCGCCGCCUGCCAUGGCCAGGUGUACCGCCUGCCUUACUAUGAGGCCUGCGUGCGCGACACGUGUGGGUGUGACACCGGCGGGGACUGCGAGUGCCUGUGUGACGCUGUGGCCGCCUACGCCAAGGCCUGCGUGGACAAGGGCGUGUGCGUGGACUGGCGGUCCCCAGACUUCUGCCCCAUCUACUGCGACUUCUACAACACCCACACGCAGGUGGGCGGCGGCACGUACCAGCACGCCCAGGAGGCCAGCUGCACAUGGCACUACCAGCCGUGCCUCUGCCCCGCGCUGCUGCAGAGCUUCCCGGGGCCCAACAUCGAAGGCUGCUACAACUGCUCCCAGAACGAGUACUUCGAUCACGACAAGGGGAUGUGCUUGCCGUGCAGUAAGCUCACAGCUCCCUACCCCACAACAACAGCAUGUGUGCCACACUCAGGCUCCCACAGCACGGAAACCCGGCCCACCACAGCCGCAGCCAGCACCACAGUGACCCCCAGCACCACUGCGCUGAGCUCCACCAGACCCUCGCCAAGCUCCCCGGCCACACCUGAGGCCCCGACCCGGACACCCAGCCUUCCGGCCACGCCAACGGCCACAGCCACAGCCCCCACCACCCAGACACAACCAACAGUCCCCUCAGGAGAUUCACCUCAAACCACCUCCACCGUCACCACACGGGCCACAUCGGCGCCGACCACCACGGCCACUCGAAGGCCAACAGCCACGGCACCCACCGUGACCCAAGCCACAACACAGCCCACAGGAUCCUCCCACGACACAGCCACGCGGUCCACAGCUCGGUCCACGGCGCGAACCACAGCAGCCCCACCAACCCCAGCAACAUCAGGGACCUCCACAGUGUCCCCCGCAAACGCUUCCCCCCAACGUGUCAACAUCUGCCACCUCCUUGGUGGCUCCAACCUCUCACCGAGUCACCACAUCAACGGAGCCCCAUGCUACCUCCUCCGGCCCAAAGCCAACUGGCACCCCACCCACAUCGACACACAUCCCUGUCACAAAAACAGAGCCUACACCCACAGCCCCGCCACCGACCAAGACCACAACAGGGACCGCCACACCCACAGCCCCGCCACCGACCAAGACCACAACAGAGACCACCACACCCACAGCCACACCACUGACAAAGACCACAACAGAGACCACCACACCCAGAACACCACCACUGACAAAGACCACAACAGAGACCACCGCACCCACAGGGCCACCACUGACCAAGACCACAACAGAGACCAGCACACCCAGAACAUCACCACUGACAAAGACCACAACAGAGACGACCACACCCAGAACACCACCACUGACAAAUACCACAACAGAGACCACCACACCCAGAACACCACCACUGACAAAGACCACAACAGAGACCACCACACCAACAGCCACACCACUGACAAAGACCACAACAGGGGCCACCACACCCACAACCUUGCCACUGACAAAGACAACAACAGAGACCACCACACCCCCAGCCCCGCCACUGACAAAGACCACAACAGAGACCACCACACCCACAACCCUGCCACUGACAAAGAACACAGCACGGACCCCCACACCCACAGCCCCGCCACUGACAAAGACAACAGCACGGACCACCACACCCACAGCCCCGCCACUGACAAAGACAACAACAGAGACCGCCACACCCACAGCCCCGCCACUGACAAAGACCACAACAGGGACCACCACACCCAGAACAUCACCACUGACAAAGACCACAACAGAGACCACCACACCCAGAACAUCACCACUGACAAAGACCACAACAGGGACCACCACACCCAGAACACCACCACUGAAAAAGACCACAACAGGGACCACCACACCCAGAACACCACCACUGACAAAGACAACAGGGACCGCCACACCCACAGCCCCACAACUGACAAAGACCACAACAGAGACUGCCACACCCACAGCCACACCACUGACAAAGACCACAACAGGGACCACCACACCCACAACCCUGCCACUGACAAAGACAACAGAGACCACCACACCCACAGCCCCGCCACUGACAAAGACCACAACAGAGACCACCACACCCACAACCCCGCCACUGACAAAGACAACAACAGGGACCACCACACCCACAACCCCGCCACUGACAAAGACAACAGCACGGACCACCACACCCACAGCCCCGCCACUGACAAAGACAACAACAGAGACCGCCACACCCACAGCCCCGCCACUGACAAAGACCACAACAGGGACCACCACACCCAGAACAUCACCACUGACAAAGACCACAACAGAGACCACCACACCCACAACCACAACAAGGACCUCCACACCCACAACCCUGCCACUGACAAAGAACACAGCAUGGACCACCACACCCACAGCCCCGCCACUGACAAAGACAACAACAGAGACCGCCACACCCACAGCCCCGCCACUGACAAAAACCACAACAGGGACCACCACAUCCAGAACACCACCACUGACAAAGACAACAGAGACCACCACACCCACAGCCACACCACUGACAAAGACAACAGAGACCACCACACCCACAGCCACAACACUGACAAAGACAACAGAGACCACCACACCCACAGCCACAACACUGACAAAGACAACAGAGACCACCACACCCACAGCCCCACCACUGACAAAGACAACAGAGACCACCACACCCACAGCCACAACACUGACAAAGACAACAGAGACCACCACACCCACAGCCACACCACUGACAAAGACAACAACAGAGACCACCACACCCACAGCCACACCACUGACACAGACCUCAACAGGGACCACCACACCCACAACCCUGCCACUGACAAAGACCACAACAGGGACCACCACACCCAGAACAUCACCACUGACAAAGACCACAACAGAGACCACCACACCCACAGCCACACCACUGACAAAUACCACAACAGAGACCACCACACCCACAGCCACAUCACUGACAAAGACAACAGGGACCACCACACCCAGAACAUCAUCACUCACAAAGACCACAACAGAGACCACCACACCCACAGCCACAACACUGACAAAGACCACAACAGGGACCACCACACCCAGAACCUCGCCACUGACAAAGACCACAACAGAGACCAGCACACCCACAGCCCCGCCACUGACAAAGACCACAACAGAGACCGCCACACCCACAGCUCCACCACUGACAAAGACCACAACAGGGACCACCACACCCACAAGCCUGCCACUGACAAAAACAGGGACCGCCACAACCACAACCACCACACCCACAACCCUGCCACUGACAAAGACCACAACAGGGACCGCCACACCCACAGCCACACCACGGACAAAGACCACAACAGUGACCGCCAUACCCACAGCUCUGCCACUCACAAAGACCCCAACAGGGACCACCACACCCACAACCCUGCCACUGACAAAGACCACAACAGGGACCGCCACACCCACAGCACCGCCACUGACAAAGGCCACAACAGAGAUCGCCACACCCACAGCUCCGCCACUGACAAAGACCACAACAGAGACCAGCACACCCACAGCCACACCACUGACAAAGACCACAAGAGGGACCACCACACCCACAACCCUGCCACUGACAAAGAACACAGCACGGACCGCCACACCCACAGCCCCGCCACUGACAAAGACCACAACAGAGACCAGCACACCCACAGCCACACCACUGACAAAGACCACAACAGGGACCACCACACCCACAACCCUGCCACUGACAAAGACCACAACAGGGACCACCACACCCACAACCCUGCCACUGACAAAGACCACAACAGGGACCACCACACCCACAACCCUGCCACUGACAAAGACCACAACAGGGACCACCACACCCACAACCCUGCCACUGACAAAGACCACAACAGGGACCGCCACACCCACAACCCUGCCACUGACAAAGACCACAACAGGGACCACCACACCCACAACCCUGCCACUGACAAAGAACACAGCACGGACCGCCACACCCACAGCCCCACCACUGACAAAGACCACAACACAGACCACCACACCCACAGCCACACCACUGACAAAGACAACAGGGACCACCACACCCAGAACACCACCACUCACAAAGACCACAACAGAGACCACCACACCCACAGCCACAACACUGACAAAGACCACAACAGGGACCACCACACCCAGAACCUCGCCACUGACAAAGACCACAACAGGGACUGCCACACCCACAGCCCCACCACUGACAAAGACCACAACAGGGACCACCACACCCACAACCCUGCCACUGACAAAGAACACAGCACGGACCACCACACCCACAGCCCCGCCACUGACAAAGACCACAACAGAGACCACCACACCCACAGCCACACCACUGACAAAGACAACAGGGACCACCACACCCAGAACACCACCACUCACAAAGACCACAACAGGGACCGCCACACCCACAGCCCUGCCACUGACAAAGACCACAACAGGGACCACCACACCCACAACCCUGCCACUGACAAAGAACACAGCAUGGACCGCCACACCCACAGCCCCGCCACUGACAAAGACCACAACAGAGACCAGCACACCCACAGCCACACCACUGACAAAGACCACAACAGGGACUGCCACACCCACAGCCCUGCCACUGACAAAGACCACAACAGAGACCACCACACCCACAGCCACACCACUGACAAAGACAACAGGGACCACCACACCCAGAACACCACCACUCACAAAGACCACAACAGAGACCACCACACCCACAACCACAACAGGGACCGCCACACCCACAACCCUGCCACUGACAAAGACCACAACAGGGACCGCCACACCCACAACCCUGCCACUGACAAAGACCACAACAGGGACCACCACACCCACAACCCCGCCACUGACAAAGAACACAGCACGGACCACCACACCCACAGCCACACCACUGACAAAGACAACAGGGACCACCACACCCAGAACACCACCACUCACAAAGACCACAACAGAGACCACCACACCCACAGCCACAACACUGACAAAGACCACAACAGGGACCACCACACCCAGAACCCCGCCACUGACAAAGACCACAACAGGGACCUCCACACCCAGAACCCCGCCACUGACAAAGACCACAACAGAGACUGCCGCACCCACAGCCCGGCCACUGACCAAGACCACAACAGGGACUGCCGCACCCACCACCCUGCCACUGACAGAGACCACAACAGGGACCGCCACACCCAGAACCCCGCCACUGACAAAGAACACAAGAGGGACCACCACACCCACAGCCCCACCACUGACAACGACCACAACAGCACCUCCACUCUCUCCUCCCUGCCCGCUACUUCCUCUCUUCCUUCUCACGUGUCCUCACACACCACUCCUCCUUUUAUAUCAUAUUCCCCAUCACCUUCAGCAGUUUCCACUUCACAGAGCAUCCCAACCGCUAGUUCAGCUCCGCACAGCCCUUCCCCCUCUGCACCCGUGACCAUAUCACAUACAGCCCCCCUGUCUGCCAGCCGCUUUUCCCCAGCCACCAUCGUGUCCGUCAGGCCCUCCCUCUCACCCCCAUCCUCUCCCACGCUGUCCCCUCUCCCCACUCCCAGUACCAUGGUCCUGUCUACAUCCCAGACCACACCCAGCAAGCCCACCUCCUCAGCUCUGUCCUCUCGGUCCACUACCUCAAAGUCCACCUCUCUCACGACCCGAGCCCCCACGCAGGGCCUCCUGUCUUCCACCCUGGGAGUGACAGCCAUCCCAAGUUCCCCAGCCACCAACCUCACCACCAGACAGCCAAGUACCACCGGGCUGCCGGCCAGCGUAUUCCUGACCGGCUCCAUCACUGCGCAUGGCAGCUCCUCCUUUCCCACUGCCGGGUCCUCUUCCACCAGGGGCCAGUCCAUCUCCUCUCGCGUCACAUCUCUGCCCAGCUCUCCAGGGACCUGCCGCGUGAGCGAGUUUGAGGAAGAGGUCACUUACCAGGGGUGCACGGCCAACGUGACGGUGACCCGCUGCGAGGGCAUAUGCGCCUCCUCGGCCAGCUUCAACACUGACACCAUGCAAGUGGACACCAAGUGUAGCUGCUGCCACCCCCUCAGCUCCCAUGAGAAGCAGCUCGUGCUGCCCUGCCCAGACCCCAGGGUGAGGGGACGGCGGCUGACGCUGACGCUACAGGUAUUCAGCAGCUGCACGUGCCGCUCCCAGCGCUGCGGAGACUAG